AUGAAUAUGUUUCAACAAUUUUUAUGUCAAAUAUUUUCUAAUCAAUGUCAAUUAACUUAUCUUGAACUUGAUAUUAAUCAAGCAUAUUAUAAUAUUUAUCAAUGUUUAAAAUUACCUUCCCAUUCUCGAUUAAAUACAAAUACACAUGAAUUUCAAUUUUAUUGUAUAACUUUACGUUGUUUAAAGAUUCAUCUUAAAUAUACAUGUUUUCUCGAAGAUCUUGUUGAACGUACACCCAAUCUCGAACAAUUAUCCGUUCAUAUUCAACAAUUACAACGUCAUUCUGAACGUUCUGAUUCCAAUAUUCAAGAUUCUAUACUACUAAAUAAAAAUUGGUUUAAUAAAAUACCAAAAUUAGAAUGUUUUACUAUGAAAAGUUUUGUUAAUGAUGAUUCAGAAUUUAUUUAUUUAAAAUGGCUUCUUAACAAUAUUAAUUAUGUUAAAAAACUGGAAAUUCAUUUAUAUAAAAAUGAAAUAUCGAAAACAGAUCAAACAAUAUGGAAAUCUAUUAUUGAUGCAAAUUUUAUUCGUCAAUAUUGUUUACCUGAUGAAAUAAUUAAUUUAAAAUAUUUUUAUUUUUAUAUUCGUUUAAAACAUCAAUUAUUAUUAAAUAAUAUUGAAAAAAUAAUAAAUUCUUUUAAAAUUGAUCCUUUUUUUAUUUUACAUCAAUGGACAGAUGUUAAAUAUUUUUAUGAUGAAUAUAGAUCAUAUCAUCAUAUUUUUUCAUCUAAUUUUAAUAAAUUUCAAUUUUCUGAUUUUUUAAUGAAUCAUGCAUCUAUAUAUGAUUGGUUAGGUAAUAGACAUAUUGGACUACAUUUGAAUUUAUCAAUUCAUUCAUUUCUUGAACAAUUUGAUAAACAAUGUCCUAGUAUUACUUCUAUUACAAUUUAUCCGAAACAUUAUAUUGAUGAAUCAAUAAUGGAGACAUUAUUAACAAUAAUAUUCGAAAUGAAACAACGAAAUUUAAAUAAUAAUCAAUUUCGAUAUAUUACAAAACUUCGAUUUGGAAACAAUUAUAGUCGUAUAAUUCAGCCUUUCGGUAAAUUAACAGAUCAAGAUAAAAUACAUGCAAAAAUAUAUUCUUAUAUUAUUUCAAUGACGGUUCAACUCAAAUAUCUUUUGAUUGAAAGAUUGGAAUGGUUUUUAUAUAUAAUUCAAUAUGCUUUUGAUGAUUUACGAAUGAAUGCAUUAAGUACUGUUCGUCAUAUUGAAUUCGGUAUAUCAAGUUGUCAUUUUGGUAACAAUGAAUCAAUUCAUAUUGGUAAACAUCUUGUACCACUUCUUAGUACUUUUAUGCCUCAUGUACAAACGUUGCGUCUAUGGAGACCAGAUGAUUUUCCUUGGACAUCGAUUCGACCGAAUUUUCGACCAAUACAAUAUGGAUUUUCUAUUCGACAAUGGCAAAGAUAUUUAAGAACAUUGGAAUCAAUUACUGAACAUGUAAAUGUUUUUGAAUGUGAUCUUUGUCAAUUAGUUGAACAAUUAAAACAACUUGUCUAUUUGGAUAUUUAUGGUAGUACUGCUUCAGAAAAAGUUGAACCUUAUCGUUUAAUGGUUCAAAAUCGUUUUCCAAAUAGUCGAAUUGAUAUUCAAAUAUCAAGAUUUCGUCUUUGGAUGUAA